UCCAAGUUUCCUUCCUUUUUAAGAUGGAAUAAUAUUCCAUUGUAUGUAUAGAUCACAUUUUGUUUAUCCUUUCUUCUGUCAAUGGAUACUUGGGUUUAUUCCGUCUCUUGGCUGUUGAGAAUAGUGCUGCUGUGAACAUGGGUGUACAAAUAUCCCUUUGAGACUCUGCUUUCAAUUCUUUGGAAUAUAUGCCCAGAAGUAGGAUUACUGGAUCAUAUGACACUUCUAUUUUCAAUUUUUUGAGGAAUUGCCGUACCAUCCAUAGUGGCUGCGCCAUUUAAAAACUCAGUCAUUUUUGAACAAGGGAUCCUGCACUGCCAUUGUACUAGAACCAUGAGUUAUAUAGCCGGUUCUGCCCGAAUGUUCCCACUUCCUACCCGGUCUAAGUCACCCAUAUUUCCUUUAGAUUAUUGCCAACAGCCCCCUAACUGGUAUCUCUGCCCCAUGUAAUCUCAACAUGGGAUCCAAUUAUUCUUUUAAAACAUAAAUUAGAUCUUGUCAUUCUUCUCCAUAAUCUCCCGUCUCAGGACCCCACAUGAUCUGCCCCCUCCCUCCAUCACCUCCCUGACUUCAUAUUCUAUUUCUCUCCCUCAGUCACUCCUCCUCAACCAUGCUGAACUCUUUGGGUGGUCCUUUAAUUUCCUAUGCCCAUUGCUUCCUCUGCCUAGAAAGAUCUCCUUCAGAUGUCUUCAUGGCCCAGUUUCUUACCUCCUUUACUCAAAGAACAUCUCAGUAAAUACUUCCCUGACCACUUUAUUUAAAAUUACAACCUCACCCCUUUGCCAACACUCUAUCCCUCUUCUGUGCUUCAUUUGUCUCCAUCAUUUUUUAUUACCAGCUGACAUUCAAUAUGUUUUAUGAUCUAUUUUGUUCAUUAUCUGUGUCUUCCCCCAUUAGAAUGUAAGCUUCAUGACGUCAGGGAUUUUUCUCUGUUUUGGUCACUGCUGUCUCCCCAGAGACUAGAACUGUGUCUGACAUGUAGGAACUCAGUAUUUGUUGCAUGAAUGGAUGAACGAGAUAGUGCAAUAAUUUUUACAACCUGGUUGUAUUAGAAGUCUCACUGUUAGAAUAUCAACUGAAUUGGAGAUUAUUUAUGAAAUGCUAAAGAAAUUAUUAAGGCUACAUCUAAAGUAUCAGGUUUUAGUCAAAGUCAGUGUGUUAGUCUAAGUUCUCCAGAUAAAUAGAACCAAUUGGAUGUGUAUAUAAAUAUAGACUUAUUAAAAGGAAUUGGCUCACGUGAUUAUGAAGGCUGAGAAGGUCCCAAGAUCUACAUGGUGAGCAGGAGACUCAGGAGAACCAAUGGUGUAGUUCUAGCCCACAGGCUUGAGACAUAGGAAGAGCUGAUCUUUUGGUUUGAGCCUGAAGGUAAGAAAAAGCCAAUGUCCCAGCUUGAAGGCAGUCAGUAGGAGGACUCCUCCCUUACUUGCAGGAGGGUCAGCUAGUUUGUUUUGUUCAAGCCUUCAACUGAUUGGAGGAGGCCCACUGACAUUAAGGAUGACAAUCUGUUUUACUCAGUCUACUGACUCAAAUGUUAAUCUCAUCCAAAAACACCCUCACAGACACACUCACAAUAAUGUUUGACCAGGUGUCUGGGCACCUGGAAGCUCAGUGAAUUUGACAUAUAAAAUUAACCGUCAGGGAUUUUUCUGUAAACCUACAUUGUUGGAAAUGCCUCAUAGAUUAACUGUGUGGUUUCCUUUACUCGUAGAACUACCUGUUAGAUCUGUGGGAAAGAACUACAGGACAGAGCUGCCAAGUAAACUAUGAAAAACCUAACAGUCAAACUUUUUAUCUUAGGUAUUGGCAUAUCCCAAUGAUCUGUACUGUUCUAGAGUGUGAUGGCUUAGGAGUGAAUAUGAUUUGAACCUAAUACAUUUUUAGAGGGUGUCAAAUUCAGAACCAUGCAGAUCCAUCUUCUGACCCUAAACAUGGUCCUAAAGUAAAUCGCUUGAGGAAAUUGGAUCCCAAAGAUUACAGGUGGAGAAUUUUGAAGUGUGUCCAUAUUUCACUGGAGAUCAAAGAAGCCUAACUAAAAGAAUUGUGGGCUGACUUACAUGAUAACUUCUUUUUGAAAGGACUAUUUUAUCUUGAAGAUUAUGAGUUUGGAGGAACUAAGGUGAUUGGCAGUGGAAAGAAUCAGAACAUGUGAAAUUCCUUAAAAAUUUGUUGACUUAAAUAAUUUUGUCUGUGUUACACAUAAUUAAAAAAACCUUUUAAAAAAAUUAACCAUCAUAAUCAGACUUCAAAUUCAGAAAAUAUUGGGAAUAGUAAUUUCACUGUAUUUCUUUAAAGGAUUGACUGUAGGCAGUCUACUCAAAACAAUAGAGGCUGCUACUGUUUUAGAUAUUCGGGAACUGGUAAACCUUUAAGGGUUAUAAGUGACAGAUGAUAAGAUUAAAAACAAAAAAAUUUCCUUGCAUCAGUUAAAUCAAGUAAUUAGAAUUUGGCCUUCUUCCUGAAACUAACUGUGGUUAUAUCUUUAGCUCCUCCAGUUUAAAGGUAUUAUAACUUUUCUGAACAUGAGGAAUGUUUUUCUUGUCUUAUUUAUAGAGAACGUUUGGAAGUAGGGUGCUUGUUUAUUCCAGAUCUGGGCAAGGCAGUAGAAAAAAAAUCACCCUAGCUUCUCCUUUGUCUUUCACUUACUGUAGCUCUAAUGUCUGGAUUAGUGACCCUAGAAUAUUCCCUGUUCCAUGCAGUAAACAGAAUUCGAAACCAUUUACACACCAGGUCAACAAGAUACGAUUGUUUAUCUCAGAUACCGGAGCACUUAUUGCAAACAUGGAGCGUGGGAUCUGAGAAGGCCACAGCUACGUGUGAGUUUCUGCGUGAUUCAGACACAGAGGGUCUUAACUUCUGUAACGAUACACAAAAACAAAUAAACAAAAGAAAGCCCUCAAGUUCAUAUCUGGAAGUCAGUGUCAUCGUUACAGUAAGUCCCCGCUCACGUGAUAUCUCUUGCUUAAUUGCCCUUUAAACUGUUUUAUGGCUUUAUAGCAGCUCAUAAAAGAUGAUUUUCAAAUAUGACAGGCGCUGAAAGGCUGAAGGGGAGAGUUAUCCAGGAACUGCAAUCACUACAUCUGUAGCUGCUCCCCUAAGAGCUAAGCCUUCCCAGGAAAGGGUGAGGGACAGUCCAGAGCAGAGCGCCAUGGGGCGAUACUCAGGGAGAAGCUUCCGUUUAAUCCUCAUGUGCGUUGUGAGCACCCUCCUUUUCGUGAUGGAGCUGGUGACCUCCCACAUAGGCAACUCCCUCUCGUUGGCCUCCGAUGCUUUUGCCGUCCUUUCCCACUUGGUCUCCAUGAUCAUUGGUCUUUUGGGCAUAAGGGCCAGCAGUAUAAAACAGCACCGGAAGAGCACGUUUGGCUUUCUUCGGGCAGAUGUCGUGGGAGCAUUUGGCAACUCCAUUUUUGCUGUGGCCCUGAUGUUCAGCAUCCUGGUUGAAGCUGUCAAAAGGUAUAUUGAUCCCCAGAAGACAGAGGCUCCACUGCUGGUUCUCAGUGCUGGAGUCAUAGGGCUGCUGUUCAAUGUUCUUAACUAUGUCAUCUUCUCGGACUGCUGUUACUGCGUGGCACCAGGGCCCCAGGGAGACGCUGAAACAGGUGAUUCCCUGACUACGCAGAAUGAACCAGAAGAGGCUAUGAAAAAGGAGAAGAAGUCCGAAGCCCUGAAUAUCAGAGGGGUACUUUUACAUGUGAUGGGAGAUGCCCUGGGGUCGGUGGUUGUGGUGAUUACGGCCAUCAUAUUCUACGUGCUUCCCCUGAAGCAUGAGGACCCAUGUAACUGGCAGUGCUACAUUGACCCCAGCCUGACUGUCAUCAUGGUCAUCAUUAUUUUGUCAUCUGCCUUCCCACUCAUCAAGGAGACUGCUGCCAUUCUGCUGCAGAUGGUCCCCAAAGGCAUCAACAUGGAAGAGCUGAUGAGUAAACUCUCUGCUGUGCCCGGAAUUAGCAGUGUCCAUGAAGUUCACAUCUGGGAACUUAUAAGUGGGAAGAUCAUUGCCACUCUGCACAUCAAGUAUCAGCAGGAUGGGGAAGAUCAGGAUGCCAGUACAAAAAUUCGAGAAAUCUUCCACAACACGGGAAUCCACAAUGUGACCAUCCAGUUUGAGAAGGUGGACCUGAAGGGGCCCCUGGGGCAGAAGGACUUGCAGCUGCUCUGCAGCUCACCCUGCAUCUCCAAGGGCUGCACCAAGCAGCUGUGCUGUCCCCCCGGGGCACUGCCUCUGGCCCAUGUCAAUGGCUGUGCCGAGCACAAUGGCUGUCCCCCACUGGACUUGUCCCGGAGUGAUGGCCUUGGGAGACGACAAACAGCAGAAGUGGCUCUUGAAGUAUCUUUGGAAGGUUGUCUGAGUGACCAUGGACAAGCUCUUAGCAAAUCUCAGGAGGACUCACGUUAUGUCAACAGCACACAUUUUUAGUUUGGUGCCCUCAUCAGUAAGCUGUAUAGGCGAGGCACUUUGGAACCACUAGCUGGGCUUGUGGGAAGAGAUUUGUGGGUCAUAGACUCUGAUCACACUCACAGUGUGCACACACUCUGUGUUCAAUGAGGGUUUUGGCUGUUUGGGAUGUUAGUUGAACUUGUCUGUUAAUUUUUAUGUGACCGAGAACCCUUUUACAUUAUCCUGGGUGUUUCAUGCUGCUCUUCAACAGUUUUGUGUGAACAUUUAUUUUCCGAAGCAAAUGCACUAGUAUACAUAUCAGGGACAUUGAAGGCUGGAACUCAAUAAUUGUGGACACAGGAUUCAAAGUAGUUUUUGUUUGGAAUUGCUUAGAACAGCCAGCUGACUCUCAGGUGAGCUCAUAGCCAAGCACAUCAAACAAAAACUUAAGAACCAUAAUAGCUAUAUUCUUUUCUGUUCCACUGGGAGAUCAUAAAAGAGGAAAGUUAAGUAGUCCUAUAACUGCAGAAAUUUUUUUCUUUGACUAAAUUUUGAAUAAACGUAAAACGAAUACCUAGUAAGGUAGAAAAUAUUCUCAGAACAUUAGAGGAUGUCAGGUUUAUUGGGGGUGGGGAAAGGCAGGAAGAAAAUGCAUUUUGAUGAUUUCUUCAUUUUGAGAGGUAGAGAGAAAAAGACUUUCUGCUGUGAACUGAACUACAGCUAUAGGAUGCUUCAAAUGUUCAAAUACAUAAGAUGCUUUUUUUUUCACUUGGAAGUGUGGGAAUAUUUCUACUCCUUUAAGUAUGACACAGUACCUAUAUACUGUCUUUUAGAGUCAGUCUGGUUAGGACUGUUUUCAUUUAUUGCUUAUUAAUGAUUUACUUAUUUGCCCAAAUUUCCCUUCAGUCUUCUUUUAUAUGAUCACACUGAUCUGUGUAGCAUUUACCAGGAGAAAAUGAGUAUUCUCGGGAUAGGAGAAUAUAUGGCAUUGAGUAUGCAUUCUUGCCCAAAAGAUAAGCCUGAUUGACUUUCCUUUAAUUAGACAUAUUUUAAGGUAUUUACUAUAGUUGCCAACUAGUAAUUUGAUGGAAAAGUGUAUGUCCAAGGGAGAAAUGAGAAUUAAUUAAAUUGCUGCCUUUAAUGUGUUUCAAGGAGCUUACCUUUUUCUUUUAUGUCUCUUGACCCAUAUUAUCAAGUUCAUACAUCUAUUAGAAUCUGAUUUUCGUUCCAUGUACUGGAGAAACAUCUGACAUGAAUUUAACAAACUGUUUAGGCAGCAAUAUUUUCACCAGAACAGUCUCAAAAUAAGUAUAAGAAAACGGGAGGUGCCUCGCUAAAGAACUAGAAUUUUUUUUUUUUUUUUUGCGGUACCCGGGCCUCUCACUGUUGUGGCCUCUCCCGUUGCGGAGCGCAGGCUCAGCGGCCAUGGCUCACGGGCCCAGCCGCUCCGCGGCAUGUGGGAUCUUCCCGGACUGGGGCACGAACCCGUGUCCCCUGCAUCGGCAGGCGGACUCUCAACCACUGCUGCCACCAGGGAAGCCCUAGAAUCUUUUUUGAUGGGUUGCAAAAUUGACUGAAAAAGAUCAUCCCUCAGGCUGUAAGCAUUGAGUCUGUGCAGUUUAGAAUCUUCACAGUUCUCAUCAGAAAUGCUGGAUUGGGAACAGAAAAACACCCACAUUUUUCAACACAAACACCAUUUAAAAAACUGUGUCUUAGUUUUAAAUUCUAAGGCUGAAAUAAAGAAGCAACUGUGAUCAGUAGAAUAGGAAAAUUUUUAUUCCUUGAAAAUUUAUUAUCCGAGUUUAAAUUGGCCAUGAAUUAGGUAAAUAGAAAAAUGCCUAAAUAUGUUUUUAUCCCUAGGAGUUUAUUAAGCAUAUAUACUUAAUAGUAUUAUGUAGUAUGUACUAUAGCUAUUAUAUAGUAUGUACUUAAUAGCUAAAAUGGGGGUAGAUAUAAGGCAACAGUUUUACUUUUAAUAUUAAAAGCAUGGCAUGUACUCACACAAAACAGAGGAUUCUCUGUGAAACUCACCACAGUAAACUGUGGACCAAAUUCUCUUGUAUAAAUGUUGGUUGAGAUACACUGAUUGGAGCCAAAGAAGAAAUGCCUCUCACUUCCAGAUUUGAAGGUCUAUUUGAUGUCAUAUCAUUCUGCUUUUAUUAAAAGGGAAAAAUUAUAAUUUUAUAGUUUUUGUGCAGCUGGGUAAAGGAAUCCAUAUUAGUUUACAUCCAAAUAAUGUUCUUUAAUUAAUCUCUAAAGUAUUUUUCUGGAAAGGAAAAGGCUCUUAAUUCCAACAUAAUUAAAUCUAACCUCAGAAAAUUACCUCGAUGGACAUUUACAAACAUACCAAAUUAUGGAGUGCAGUUAAUGUGAAAUAGUACCUUUUGAAGACAGUUGGGCUCGGUGUGUUUAAGAAUGUCCAAACAAGCUAAUUAAGUGCAAUAUUUUUCUAUCGGGUUAGGUGCUUGCAUUUGCCACUCAGGCACUGUGAUGCCUGCUGUAUGGUGUUUUUACUUGGGUUUUACUCUCCCUUUAGUUGCCCUGCAUUUUAAUUCUCCCAAGGAAACAUAAAAAUUUUCUUUUUUCCUUUGAAUGGGCCCUGCAAAGUGGCAGUGGUGCCUAAACAACACUGUUGUUUUUCCUGAGAUUACAAAAAUACUGCUACUCAGUUUCGCGUUCCUGUGUGCAUAGGUUAGUUCCAGAAAAUUCUCUUUUUUUUUUUUAGGAACUGAAAAUAAGUUUUUAAGAGUCUAGGGAAUCCUCUGGGUGUCAGAUCAGGACCAGCCAUCAGGUGUUCUAACCUGGGGAUGAGGGAUAGCUUCCUAUUUCUGUGGAAAGAGUCCUUUCCGCAUUAUUUCAGCACCAGCUAUAGGAAAAACUAAGUCUACUUUUAUUUUCUAACUUUCAACUCUGUUUGUGAAAAUAGAGGUUACGUUUUUUAUCAUGAUAUUUGUCCAUUAUGAAUACCCGUGGGGCUACCAGGUUCCAUUGUUGACAGAAAAAAAUAUUAUCCUUUUAAUAUUUUGAUCAAUAAAAUAGGGAGACAUUGAGGAAGAAUUUAGAAUACUCUCCACGUUUAGUUACUUUUUUUCCUUCUUUCUUUCUUUUUUUUUUUUUUUUUUUGCCACCAGCUGGCCAAACUCUAGUGGAGGUAAAUCAGGAACUUCAAAGUUCAGUAGGAAUGGGUGCUUUGAAUGUCAAAGAAAUCACUGGGGUAGAUUUUGGAUUGUAAUAAACUGCCUUUUGAGGUAGCAAGAGCUUUUGCUAUGCUUCUUCAAUCUCCUUGUCCUUGACAUUUGAACUGGAUAACUCCUUGUUGUGUGGGGCUGUCUUGGCCUUGUAGGAUUUUUAGCAACAUCUCUUGGCUUCUACCCCCUAGAUGCCAGUAGCAUCCCCUCAAGUUGUGACAACCAACAAUGUCCCCAGACAUUGCCACAGGUCCCCGGGGGAGCAGAAUAGCCCCUAGUUCUGAGCCAAGGACCUACGGGUCCUUGAGGGAUAUUAUUGAUGAAAGCCCUUCCAGGGCCCAAUAAUCCUUUUAAUAUAAUCACUCUGCAGAAUUUGCUCUUUAAAAAAAUAUUUUUAAAGGCUAGAUAAAACUAUUUAUAAAAAUACAGUCGUCUUUAGAAGGGGUUACAUCAGCACAAUUGAUUCUUGGAGUUAAGGUGUUUAAUUUCCUACCAAUUUUAAACUUGAUGAUAUUUUUUUGUUACUGGUUUCUGACAAACAGCGCAUCUUAGUGCUAUGACAAAUUCGGAUGUUAAAAACAUUUUUUUAUUGUUCAUGACUCACUUAAUCCUUUGCCAAAUCAUAUCCAUUUUUUUCCAAGAGUACAACAGACAUUUCCUGUUUUUAAAUUACCCCGCGUGUAAUGUAUCUUCACACUCUUGCAAUUAAAGAUCGCAAAAAAGACUGGUUUAAAAAAAACGACGAAACUCAACCUAAUUUGGGUUUCUAAUUUAGGCUGAGUAAGCAUGCCUAUUGUAUAGCCCUUGUCGUUCACUUGAUAAAUUGUCACCUAUUUGUGCUUCUGAGUGUAUUCAUAUGUGAUUAGCCACAGGAAUAAAACAGGAAUGAAGCUGUUGAAUCGGGGAAGUAGCUGCUCAAAUGGAACUUGCAUCAGACCCUCAUCCUCACUGUGAUCUCAAUGUUCUUAUGAAUUUGGAGUUUAGCUAAUGAAAAUGUGCAUCUUUUUCUGGAACUUUUCAGGUGUUUCAUUCGGGACUUUUUUGUUUACGUGGAACUUUCUUGCUUAUUGCUAGAUGGAUCAGUGGGCUCCUCUUGGUACAAAGCCAGGCCAGAGACACUGAACCUCCUCUGGAUUCUGAUGGGAAUAAUCUGGAGAGGAUGAUGAUUUUCAAGGGAGAAUAACCCCUUCCUGGAGGUCUGAAAUUAUGUUACAGUAUUGUGGAGUUUUGUUGCUUCAAGUCUUCCUUCUGUCCUCACAGGUGAUUUUGCCAAAGUAUAAUUGUCACAUUUGGGGGAAUUAUUAAAACUCUAAGACACAGAGUUUCAAUAACUUAUCGCUAAUUGCAUGUGAAGUCCCCCAGUGAUGUAUGCACAGACGCAUACCUUUAAAAGUGAAGAUGUUCAAUGGUGCUAUCAAUAAA